UUUUGAUAUUUGCUAGAAAAGAAUUGGUACUGUAACAUUUCACACAAAGCUGCAAUUCAAGAUGAUCCCGAAACUCCACAAGAAUGCAUCCAGGCCCAGCGCCUCAUGGCACCGCCAGUGCUUCGGCCAUCUUCCCUGCGACGGCAUGUACCUGUGGAUGUCAUUGAAUGUCAAUCGCAGACAAGGUUCACUACUAACCCAUCUGCCUUGAAGGGCGACGCUGACUCUCUAAGCGGUGGCGAAUUGGGUUCUCCCUUUUUUCUAAUCCAACCGGCUGAGCUCGCCACAUCCACCCCCAGGAGGCGCAUCAGCAGCAAUCGCAACACUAGAGCACUCAUCAUGCCUCGGCCAAAACCAUUGAGGGCGAUUCCUCGUUUGGGUGAAGAUGGCCUACUGAAGAUUUCUUGCGACCUGAGGAAUCCCGAGAAUCCAGCACCUCUAAUGCCGGAACCAGCACCAGAAGCUGGGUCUAUGACCCCUCAGCAAGAACCAAGGCGACGAUACCGUCUCAAGAAACGAGUGAUACCUGAUGAAGAGAUCGAUUGCCGUGAACAUGGUUGUGGAUACAUCCCUCUGGCAAACCAUGGCAUGAGGUGGCACGGUUGCUUGGCGUUCCCGAUACCUGCCAUGCUCAAAAUGCCUGAUUUGCCGGUGGAGUUCUGAACAUUCUGAACUGAAAGAACUUAACUCCACGUCCUCGUGGCUAUGAUGGAUUUUCCCGCUUGACCGACCCGCCUGAAGCUCUGUGUUGUGCUACUUGCUUCGGCACAAUGGCUGAUUUCCACACUACUACUACAUUCCUGCGCACCGAAAGGGCCGGCUCCGGGAGCACAAGUACUUUGCUUGGCAUGCAUGCAGUUUCAUUUUCACUAUUCCUACACAUGGUAUCUACAACUUAGCUACUAGAGCAUCUAACUAACUAAUGCUAACUCCACUGU